ACAGGCAGGCGCGGGUGAGGCCAAACAGCCCGGGUUCACCGAUCGCCCAGCGCGCACCUUGCCGGGAGUUCACCCAGCGAGACGCCGGCCUCCGUCCUCAGGCCCGGGGAAAACUCCAGCCUCACCAGAAGCUGAGCCCGGAAGCCGCGCGCCGCCACACGCCAUGAGCGGCCCCCUGCGCCCGGGCCCAAGCAGUUGGCGGCGGGCGGCCACCGUGGUGCUGGCUGCGGGCUGGACGCUCCCGGUGGCCGCCGCCCCGCCGCGGCCCCCGCCGCCCGCCGAGGGCUUCCGGCUGCUGCUGCUGCUGCGCUCCGCGCGCCAAGGCUUCUUGCCCGGGGCGCACGUCUUCCCGGGUGGGGUGCUGGACGCGGCAGACCGCUCGGCCGACUGGCUGAGCCUCUUCGCGCCGCACCACCGGCCGCCCCGCUUCGGCCUGGGCCCGGCGCCGCCCAGACGCGCCACCUUCCCGGUGCUGCCUGAUGCCAGGCCCGGAGCCGCCGACGGGGACGAGGCGGCGCUGCCGGAUGACGUUGCCUUCCGCAUCUGCGCCAUCCGCGAGGCCUUCGAGGAGGCUGGCGUGCUGCUGCUGCGGCCCAGGGGCCCCGGGCCCGUCGCGUCCGAGCCGGGCCGCGCCCUCGCGCCGCCGCCGGCCCUGGCCGACUGGCGCGCCCGCGUCCGCCGAGACCCGCAGCAUUUCCUGCGCCUGUGCGCUCACCUAGACUGCACUCCCGACAUCUGGGCGCUGCACGACUGGAGCGCCUGGCUCACGCCUUUCACGCAGCGCCGUGGCCGCCGCUUCGAGACCACCUUCUUUCUGUGCUGCCUGUGCGAGCCGCCGCCGGUCCUCCCCGACUUGGUGGAGGUGGUGGACUGCCAGUGGUCAUCUCCGUCAGAGGCAACUGAAAGCUUCAUAUCAAAGGAAAUUUGGCUUGCACCUCCACAGUUCUACGAAAUAAGAAGACUAGAACAUUUUGCCUCUCUCUCUGACUUGCACAAAUUUUGUUUGGAUCGUGAAUUAGAAGGGGUGGAAAGAUGGCUGCCAAUCACAUUAUUAACUGCUGAUGGAACAAUCCAGCUUUUACCAGGAGAUGAGAUGUACUUAGAAGAUUCAAACUAUUUAGAAAAUCUUAUGUCCACUGAAAAAAAGAAUGAAGAAAUCAUGAAAGAAGGCAAGAAAUUUCACCGAAUAGUGAUGUACAAUCGCCAUGAUUAUAACAUCCACGUGACAGUUCAGUCUAAGUAUAAACAUGUUUACCCUAAGAACUAUGUAGUGAGUAAGAGCCGUCUGUAGAGAAUGGCUUCUUUGUAAGCUGGCCUCCUUGAAGUUGUCCUGAUGAAAAAUGAGGGUUGACUAGACGUGCCUGGAACUUAAGCAACUUUGUGCCUGUAAGUUCUAGUACAGUCUUUCAUAUUUCAAGUGUAUUACGGAGCUCUCUUAUUUUAUUCUUUAAACCUUACAGUAUCACACAAGUAUAAAGUAUUAAUGAUCUUGUUACCAAAACGAGAAAAAAAUUUUCACGAGGGUUUCCGCUUCUGUAUUGUUUUGUUAUCAGAAGUUUAAAUAAGAUGUUCUACUGUAUUGUCUUUUAACUGUAUUAGCACUCUGCCUGAUGUGCUGGGAGAUUGGUCCAUAAAUUCCUUAGACUUUCUGCUGGAAUUAAUUUAAGGAUGUAUGAUUAGAUACAUGGUGAACAGUAGACUGAGGUGACCUUCAAGUGACUGUGUCAUUAUUUUCUUAUGACUUUAGCUUGAUGAUUAAGAGAGAAUUCUGUUUAAAACUAAAUGGCCUGAGUUAUUAGGUUUACCAGAUUGGAAAUUAGUUUAGUGACUGUUGUAAAGAAAUAUGAAGCCAUAACAAAAGCCAUAAUUAUGUUUACCUUGGAGGGCUAGUUAACAGAAUCCAGAGAGCUUAGAGGGAUGUAGAACUAUUCAUCAUUUAAUGGUACUUACUAAUGGUGUUUGUUUUCAGUGUUUUUAAUAUGGGUAAUUUGUUCACCUCCUCUUAAGAGAAUAAUGUUUAUUGAUUAAAGAUGGGAAAUGGUUUAGACGCCA